CCGAUUUUGUUGGGCUGCUACAUGCUCCUAUAUUUCUAGCACGGUGCGACCACAACCGAUGGUGCUGAAGGCCUCUGGGCCAACAGCCUCGGCCAUUGCAGCGACUGCGGCAGCCGCUGUGCGGGCGGCGCAGACGCAGCUACCCAAUGCCGUUGUGGAAGCGACAGAUCCUCCGCGCUUGGAGACCUCCAGCAUGGCCCCGCUUUCAGCGGUCAAGCCCCCCCAGACGAAGGGCUCCCGGCCACCGGAGUUUUUUUCCAUGGCCGAGCGGGAUGAUGACUCGCCACCCACUAGCCCAUCGAAUUUCAACACCAUCCCCUUGCGCAUGUCGCAGGGGGAGGGAGAGAAGGGCUGGGACAAGCUGGGCUCAAGAGAAGGCCUCACUGAAAAGGAGUUGCGCGAGUUCGAAGAGAUCCAGGCCUCCUUCGAGCAGUUCCGAGUUCGACAGAGUGAGGUGGAGCGUUCGGUGAGCAGUUUGCUGCAACGGCUCAACCGAAAGAUCCAAGUGCCCAGUUCGGUCGCGUCCUCCGAGUGCGGCGACGUGUCGGAUGCCGAAUCCUUGGGCCGAACGGAGGAUGGGCUCAGCUUCAUGGACAGUUGUUUGGGAUCCAGGGUCGGCACACCUUUGAAUGGAAACUCUCCAUUAGGGUCGCCCCGGGACCGACCAGGUCAGCCGUUGAUGCCUUCCAUGCCUUCGAUGAUGCCUUCCAAUGCUAGUUGCGGGAGUGGUAUGAGUGAUCAUGGGCGGCGCCUUGACGGCACCAAUCCGAGGGGGAGCGAAAGUGGGGACCUUCGGCCGACUCGAGCAGCGGUUCCUGAGCUUGAGGGACCUUCGAUUGAAGCCGCCAAGCGACAGGAUGAUCUUUUGCCUGUAAAUGAGUGUGAGAAUGGGACGAAGGCGAUGCCCGGGGCCGGCUGUGCCGUGCCCUCCGCCCACGUGGGCGCGUCUCAGGUAGACAAUGAGCUGCCAAGCAUCGCACCAGAAGAGGAGCUGGCCACCGCUGGGCCUGAGCGGAGAGAGGUACCGAGCCCGGCCUUCAUGCAGGACAAUCACGUGUCAGAGCCAGAGGCCCUGCCUGCUGCGGCAUCUCCCUUGGGCUCGGGGACACUCUCGCCAAUGAGUCCUGUUCAAGAGCACUACGUGGAUCACCAGAGGUUGCCGCAGUUUGGCGGUCCGGGUGUCUGCGAUGAGGAGAUGGAGCUUGAGAAAACCGAUCCAGCCGAGGCAGAGGCACCCGACUUCGCCGGCUGGUACGGAUGGACCGUGGUGGCGACCAGUGAAGGGCGACUGUUCUUUUUCCAUGAGGCUCAGCAAGUGUCUCAGUGGCACCAGCCCACUGACUUGAACUGCAUCCUCGGAGUUUGGAAGGAGGCAUGCGAUGAGACCCAAGCAUCGAAGCCAAUCUUUUGGAGGAAUGAUCUUCUUGGAAUCUCGCUGUGGCGGGACCCGAGGGAGACAUCCAAUAUCUUCCAGGCUGCAAUGGAUGGGAACUUGUUCUUCCUACAGUUGUACACCCAGGUGAACGGAGACCUGGACUGUACAGAUCACAGAGAGUGCAGCGCUUUGCACUAUGCCUGUGCGGGUGGUUCUGCCCCCAGCACCCUCUUCUUGCUGCAACAGCGGGCUAUGGUCGAUCGGACAGACGUGACCUUGACCACUCCUUUGAUGCUCGCGUGUCGCUACGGCUACGCCGGAGUUUUGAAGGUGCUUCUGGAUGCCCAGGCAAAUCCUGGUAUCGCAGACAGCCAAGGGCAAUCUCCGCUGCACCAGGCUGCUGACUUGGGACAGUUGGACUGUUUACACCUUUUGCUUCUCUGCGGGGCACAGGCUCAUCAACAAAAUCAUCAAGGUGAGACAGCUCUCGACAUUGCGCAGAGGAAGAGGCACUUGCAUUGCAUGACUUUGCUGCGGCGACAUAUCCAUUUGGCCGAAGGGCAAAGGAUAUCUGCUGUCAACCAGCAAAGAAUGCUGCAAUUUUCGGAGGCAGUGCCUGAGAAAGAGGAGAUGCACAAGGAGGCGUGGAUGCCAAUGCCCGAGGCAGAGUCUGCUCCCUGGGUCUCGGCUUACCAGGAGGUUGCUGCCAACGAUUUGAUUGGCUUUGACAGGUAUGCGGAGACGGAGGUUAGAUCCAGCAGCAGCGACAACUCGGACAACUACACAGAAGGAACAGAUACCUCGCCGCGACACUACAGGCAGCCCUACAGGUCUGAUGUGGGUCUUCUGAGCACAUUGCGCCGCAGGCUUUUCCCGGUUCAAGCUGACCUCGGACUUCCGAACCAGUUUCGUUUCAACAAGGCCACGCAGCGUUGGGAGCUUCCAUAAGGAGGACGCUGAUGGCGAGGCUGAAGGGCGCCCAUGGGCCGGACCAGCCGACCAGCCUGGGUGGCCAAAAGGCUGCAAUCCGUUUUAAGAUCGCUUGGACAUAACAGCUCUGGCCCUGCGACAAUUAGUUUGCAAGCCACUGGGGUUUUGAGGUGAACACUGUGUGAC